GCAUCGUCUGACUUGACAGGAUUUGUCCAAUUUAAGCAAGUUUCCUGCAAUUUCCCCUGCCACUGUUUUAACCAAUUUUAACCUUAUACAUCGUUAUAUAUCUUCCGAAUUCUCUUACGCAUUCAUAGGCUUUUAGAAUUGUAAAAAAACCAGUAGGUCCAAUCUUGAGUAGUUUAAUUGUUUCCAAUUGUGACUGUCUAGAACAGUAUUAGUCCAAGAUGCCAAAAAAGAAAACAGGGCAAAGGAAGAAAGCUGAUAAGAUGAAAAUGAGGCAGAAGGAAAUUCGAAAUGCUAAAGAAAAUGUGCCAAUUGCAACACAUCCAUGUAAUGCAAGUAUGGAAUGCGAUAAAUGUCACAGGAAGCAAAGGAGCCGUGCAUUUUGUUAUUUUUGUCAAAAUGUUCAAAGACUUCCAAUAUGUGCACAGUGUGCCAAAAUUAAAUGUAUGAAGGGUGGUGAUUGUGUUAUCAGGCAUGCGGGUAUACAUGCCAGUGGAUUAGGCAUGGUGGGUGCAAUUUGCGAUUUUUGUGAAGCCUGGGUAUGCCACAGUCGUAAAUGUCUGCAAACACAUGCAUGCACUUGUCCAUUGCAAGAUGCUGUAUGCAUUGAAUGUGAGAGAGGAGUUUGGGAUCAUGGUGGUAGAUUGUUCAAAUGUUCAUUUUGUGAUUCAUUUUUGUGUGAAGAUGAUCAAUUUGAACAUCAAGCUUCAUGCCAGGUGCUUGAAUCUGAAAACUAUAAAUGUCAAUCAUGCAAUAAGUUGGGGCAAUAUUCUUGCUUGCGUUGCAAGACUUGUUACUGUGAAGAUCAUGUUAGGAGGAAAGGAUUUAAGUAUGAAAAGAACAAAUCUAUACCAUGUCCUAAAUGCAAUUAUGAUACUUCGCAAACUAAAGACCUUAGUAUGUCGACUCGUAGUCAUAAAUUCGGUAGGCAAGGCCAAUCUGGUUUUGGCGAUGAUGAUGACGAUGAUGCUGGCUACAGCUACGGUACUUCUUCUUAUACCAACUAUGAAGAUGAGUCCGAUUACAAUGAUAGUGACGAAUCUGAGGAGUCAUCUACGGAAGAAGAUGAAGAAGACGACGACGAAGAGGAGGAAGAACAAAAAUGAAAUAGAUUUUAAUGUAAUA